CAGAGGAGGUUGUAAUAAAUUAGCCAAAAGGCAAAACUAGAGACUUUGUAUAUAUUGUGCUGCAGCCGCUUUCCAAAGUCGUCCAUCAAUCAGAUUUCGCAUUACAUUCAGAUACAUCCUUCAUAGCAACUUGCAUCUUUUCAUAGCCACUUUAACAUCCAAUCGCCGAUAUGUCUUCCACCGUGUCCGCUGAUCAAUUCCUCGCUGCCGCCAAGUACCGCCGCACCGUCUACGGCCUCAAAGGUACCUCUGCUGUCUCUGAUAAGCGAGUUGAGCAAAUCGUCGGAGAGGUUCUCUCUUUCUCGCCCUCUUCAUACAACACCCAGCCAGUUCGCGUUACCAUUGUGACUGGCGAGAAGCACAAGCAGCUGUGGGACACCAUCAUCAAGACAGCCGAGCCCAUCCUGAAGGGCGCCGGCGAGGCAGUAUGGACGGCCAUGAGCGGUAUCUUUGAGUCGCACAAGGCAUCAUAUGGAUCGGUUGUUUUCUGGGAGAGUGGUGACAGCAUCAAGGCAGCAGGAGAGACACACAAGUCGGGCGCACACAUGUUCGGCCAAUUUGCGGAGCACUCGACCGGUAUGGCUCAGCUCCUCGUCUGGACCGCUCUUGAGCUGGAAGGAUUGGGUGCCAACCUCCAGCACUUGCAAGCCAUUCCUCCUGUUGAGGCAGAGAUCAAGAAGUUCCUCCAGGUGCCCGCCGACUACUCACUGAAGGCCCACUUGAACUAUGGUGAUGAGCCCGGCCCCCACAGCACCACCGUCCCUGAGAAGCUUCCCCUCAGCGAGACCCUGAAGAUUGUCAACUAAAUACAUGUCUGCGAGCUACAUAUUCUCAGCGCGUCUUAGAACUAUAGAUUGCGGAUGAGUUCAAAAGUAUAGAGAGCUGCUUUAGCGUUACUUUCGAAAUUGAAAUGAAAAUUUACAUAUGAUAUGCAA